AUGGCUCUAUACCACCGUCUCUCCGAGGACGAGGAGGACUGCAAGACCCUCAUUGACAGCCCCGACCAGCCACUCGCUCGACCUGCCGCCCUGCAACGGUUUCCUCUCGUGGUCAGCGCAGGGAUCGGCGCUCUCCUCGCCUCCCUUGUCUGGACGGUAUUUCUCGGUCUUGGUCGGCUUCAGGCCGCCGCCCCCGCUCCAUCCCCCCUCUUGGGGUGCGGCAACAGCUCUGUCGAGGCUCGCGAAUUAGGCUGCCGCUUCCAGACCUGGAGUUACAGUUGGGAGCCUCCCGCGUGUUUCGACGAGGCGCUGGAGAGCGACUUCCUCCGCGUGCGCGAGCAAGACCAGCUGCCCUAUUACCUGGACCGGGAAGGGCAGCAGCCGGUGGACUGGGAGGUGGUCGCGCGGGGGGAUCUCACGGGGGUGACGGAACAAGGCUUCCUGUGGACAGUCUGGCGAGGGCAUUUCUGGCACUGCACGUUCCUCCUGCGCAAGUUCUUCCGUGGUCAAGCGGGCGUUUCUCGCGAGGAUCUAGACGCGGAACAUCUCCAUCAUUGCCAGCACUGGAUGGCGGAUCCCUUCCGACAUGCCUGGGAUGAGAUUAUUAUCAAGGUGCCCUUGACAUAUGAUGGGAGGUGUGAUGUGAACAUUCCUAGAUUAGAGCCUAUAUAUGAUAAUUAG